UUUAGUGGCGGCGCGCUUUUUUUACGUUAAAGAAAAAGGGCUUAUAAGUAAAUAAAUUGAUUGUUUACAAGUUUAAGAAAAAGCUAAAUUAUGGCGCGACGUGGCGGGAAGCGCAUACGUAUGGACGAUCCGCCGCCGGCGCCCGAAUAUGAAGAUAUGCAUAUGAGUGACGCCUUAAAUGAAAGUGCAUCAGAUGCGGACAGUCCCACCAAACGCAUGACAAGAUUACGUGCGCGCGGUGGUGUACGUGACAAACCACCUAUUAUUGAUGAUGACGAGGACGAGUUCUUUGCUCCAGUGUCGCGUAAACGAAAAGCUCCACAACCACGUAGAGCGCCAGCGGAGCGUAAGGAGCGCAUCGAGCGCCCACGCAAAGAACCUGUGGACAAGGCUCACCAUGAACGCAUUGAUAAUGAGCGUGAAAUAACCACAGACGAGAAUAGUCUGUAUUAUAUAGUGCGACACUCGAAGAAUCCAAUAGCAACCAUUGUAGAUCAGUGGAUAGAGCAGUAUAAAGCGAAUCGUGAGACUGCUCUGGUGGCCCUAAUGCAAUUCCUUAUCAAUGCCAGCGGCUGCAAGGGCAAAAUAGCUGAGGACAUACAAUAUCCUUUGGAUCAUACGGCUAUUAUACGUCGCAUGACCGAGGAGUUUGAUGAGGAGAGCGGAGAAUAUCCUUUGAUUAUGACUGGCACACAAUGGAAAAAGUUUAAAAAUAAUUUCUGCGAUUUUGUACAAACGCUGGUCAAGCAAUGCCAGUAUUCCAUUAUCUAUGAUCAAUUUCUCUUGGAUAAUUUGAUAUCUCUGCUAACGGGCUUGUCGGACUCGCAAGUACGCGCUUUUAGACAUACGGCUACACUGGCGGCCAUGAAGCUAAUGACGGCAUUGGUCGAUGUGGCACUCUUGGUCUCAAAUAAUUUUGAAAAUGCUGCAAAGCAAUUUGAAGCGGAGCGUGUCAAGUCACGCGAUCGUCGUGCGUCAGAUCGUUUGGAUUCGUUAAUGACAAAACGCUCGGAGCUGGAGGAGAAUAUGGACGAGAUUAAGAGCAUGUUGACCUACAUGUUCAAGUCGGUGUUUGUGCAUCGAUAUAGGGAUACUUUACCCGACAUACGCGCCAUAUGCAUGGCAGAGAUUGGCAUCUGGAUGGAGAACUAUCCACAGAAUUUCCUAGAUGAUUCAUAUCUCAAAUAUAUAGGCUGGACCUUGCACGACAAGAUAGGUGAAGUGCGUUUACGUUGCUUGCAGUCCUUGUUGCCCUUAUAUGACAAGGAAGAGCUUAAGGGUAAACUGGAAUUGUUUACAUCCAAGUUUAAGGAUCGCAUUGUGGCCAUGACGCUGGACAAAGAGUUUGAGGUUUCUGUUCAUGCUGUUAAGUUGGUGAUAAGCAUACUCAAAAUACAUCCUGAGAUAUUGGCUGACAAGGAUUGUGAAAUAGUCUAUGAGCUGGUUUACUCCUCGCAUCGUGGUGUAGCACAAGCAUCGGCAGAAUUUCUCAACGUGAGGUUGUUCCACUUAACUCCCGAUAUGGAGGAAUCUAAAACCAAACGUGGCAAGGUUCGUCAACCCAAUACUCCGCUCAUCAGGGAUCUAGUACAGUUCUUCAUAGAAUCUGAGCUGCAUGAACAUGGCGCGUAUCUAGUUGACUCGUUUAUUGAUAGCAAUGACAUGGUUCGUGAUUGGGAAUGUAUGACAGACCUGUUGUUGGAGGAGCCAGGAUCGAAUGAAGAGGUUUUAGACAACAAACAAGAAUCCACGCUUAUAGAGAUUAUGGUUAGCAGCGUUAAGCAGUCAGCAUCCGGCGAAGUGCCUGUGGGACGUGCGAGCAAUCGUAAAUUUACGCUUAGCUCCAAGGAGCUAAAGGCUAUACAGGAUGAGAAAGUAAAGCUAACGGAACAUUUUAUUGUUACGCUGCCUGCGUUGCUAGAGAAAUAUCAAGCGGAUAGCGAGAAGCUGGCGAACCUGCUGGCGGUACCGCAAUACUUUGAUUUAAAUCUGUAUACUACCAAUAGACAGGAAGGCAAUCUACAGGCGUUGCUGGAUAAGAUUAGCCACGUCAUGACUAUGCAUACUGGACACGACGUGUUGGAAACCUGUGCCAAGACGUUAGAGUGUCUCUGCGCUGAGGGGAGCGCAACGUACACACGUUGCAACAUAGCGCGCUCCAAUAUUAUAGAGAGCGCAGUUAACAAGUACAAGGAUGCAAUCUCUGAAUGGCGUAAUUUAAUUUUACGUGAGGAAACUCCAAAUGAGGAUGACAUUUACAAUAUAACCAUAAGUCUUAAGGUCUUAUCUAUAUUAUACUCAUCCCACAAUUUAAAUCCUUGGGAUUUGUUUAAGGACUUGUUUCGCGAUGUAGAGGAAGCGCAGUGCAAGGACGAUGCGGAGCGUUGUUUGCCCAAUGAAGCGUUAGCCUAUUGCGUAGAAGCUUGUUAUUUCUCCAUUAGCUGGGGACUUUACUAUGUAGAGAAUGACUGCGAGUCCUUGAAUGUAGCUGAGACAGUAGCAGAGCUACGCAGCAAUCUGGACAGCUUUAUGUCAGCCUGUUUUGAACUCACACGGGAUGGUCCCACUGCGCAAGUACAGGAAGCUGCCUAUCAGUCUAUAUGUGAUCUGCUGAUUAUCUACUCGGAUCAGCUGGCACGCAGCGAGAGCGAGCAUAUACGCAGCUUGGAAUAUAAGUCUCGAAUGGACGAGCAUCUAAUUUUGGAUAACUUUGUGCAGCAUUAUGUCUUUUCUAUGAAGCAAGUGAUAACGCAGGACGAAACGCGUAUCGAGGAGCUACAUAAGAAGCGUAAUUUCUUAGCCUGCUAUUGCAAGCUUAUUGUUUACAACAUUAUUCCUACUAUGCGGGCGGCGAGUAUCUUUAAAUAUUAUGUCAAGUGCUAUAAUGAUUAUGGCGACAUUAUUAAGGCAACCCUAGGCAAGGCGCGUGAAAUCAACAAAGUCAACUUUGCUAUGACUUUGCUGCUGAGUCUAGUUACUGUCUUCAAGAGUCUGCAAGAGCAGGACGACGAUGGUCUGGUGUCCAAGACUUCGCAGGAGUUUAUAGAUCUCAAGGAGUUGGCAAAGCGUUUUGCCCUUACCUUUGGCUUUGAUGCGCUUAAGAACCGUGACUCUGUGGCAGCCAUACAUCGUGGUGGCAUUUAUUUUGCUGCCAAGAAGCAACCAGAUGAUCCAGUGCGCGCACCCACUCGUCUUCUCUUCCUAGAGGUGCUUAAUGAGUUCAAUUUCAAACUGCUAAAGCAGGAUAAGAAAGUUAUUAUGAAUUUUCUGGACAAAGUCAUACCGCCGGCUAUGCCUUCUAGUCGCGCAGAAGAGUGGCAGCCGUUGAUACUAUACCGCAACUCCUUGCUGCAUGGAGAGACAGAUCAAGUGCCUGUGGCCACAAAACGCGCAUAUACACGCAAGCGUCGAGAUCAUGAUGAAGCUAGUGAUGAGGAGGAGGACGAUGAGGAGCAUAAUGAUCCCGAUUAUAGGGGUUAAAGUACGUUUACUUGAAAUUUAACGAACUAUUCAUUCUAAUAGGAUUAAGC